CUUGGGAUGGUUAGUCAAAUCAAAUCCAACUUGGGCAUUUUACUAAAUCUGCAUAUAAACAUACAACAUGCGCAAGCCUUCGCUGUGACUCGAAACACUCUCAAACGCGAAUUUGCAUCAGUCUUCCUCCAAAGGCGUUAAGUUUCACCCGACGAACAAAUAAAAUGGGCGAGUGUCGAUGUCAGUUGUAAGGGCAGUGCGUGUGUGUGUCGAUGUUCAGGAGAAUGUUGUUCACCGGACAAAAUGAAUGGAUAUAAUUUUAACUAGAUGCUGGCAGGUUGAGGCACAAGAGUAGAGUGACUCACAUUUAACGGCGGAAGAGGAAAGAAGCGUAACUAUUUUCCAAGCUUCGAGAUUUUUUACAUAGGUGGUCUCGUAAUGUCCGAUUUGGGAAGCGGAGAUGAUGGCAUCUCAGGAUCAAAAUAUAAUGUUGCAACUAUGGAAGGUACCUCAAGUAGGAACGAGUUCGAUUCUUCUGCAAAAGGAGGAAGCGGCGUUGAACAGGAAUUGGCUACGAAAAUGCUGCAAAUACAAUCUAAACGAUUUUAUUUGGAUGUAAAACAAAAUAGAAGAGGUCGUUUUAUAAAGGUUGCAGAGAUUGGCGCCGAUGGUAGACGAAGUCAAAUUUAUUUGGCUCUUUCAACUGCAGCUGAAUUUCGUGAUCAUUUGUCGUCAUUUAGCGAUUACUAUGCCUCUCUAGGUCCACCAAACACCGACAAUUUACCAGAAGAUGGUAAACUUAAAUCUGAAAUGAUGAUAAAAGAUUAUCGAAGAUAUUACUUGGACUUAAAGGAAAAUGCGCGUGGCCGAUUUUUACGGGUAUCGCAAACAAUAACAAGAGGCGGGCCUAGAUCUCAAAUCGCGUUACCGGCUCAAGGCAUGAUCGAAUUUCGUGAUGCUCUUACAGAUUUGUUAGAAGAGUUUGGAGCAAAUGAUGGAGGCAGGUUCAAAGGAGAUUUACCGGAAGAGCGUCAUAUGAAGGUCGAUAAUAAAAAUUUUUAUUUUGAUAUCGGACAAAAUAAUCGAGGGGUUUACAUGCGGAUAAGCGAAGUGAAAAAUAACUUUCGCACUUCGAUAACUAUUCCGGAGAAAUGUUGGAUACGCUUUCGAGAUAUUUUUAAUGAUUAUUGCGAGAAAAUGAAAAAAUCGUCCGACUCAAUUACUGCCGAAAUUAAUUUACCGACAUCGUCAACUAGUCUUAAAUAAACAACAUACCGUGAUUUAUUCAAUCAUAUAAGAAGGCGCAAAAAAAAUAAUAAAUGUCGAUUGACCAACCAAUACCAAUAUAUAUAAAGCUUGUAAUGUCUGACAUAACUAAACUAAAAAUCAUGCGACUAAUUAAGCUGAAAUGACACUGAAAUAUGUUUAUUUUUUUGCAUUUAGCAAAAUAUGUUUUAGUAUUAUAUAAUUUUGUAAUGAAAAAACAUAAAUGAGUUAAGAGUUACAUUAGAGAAAAUUAAACCCCAAAAUCAAUUUUUAAUUCUAAAUAUCUGAAUGUUUGCCUUUUACUAAGUAAAAAUAAUUUUUAAUUUAUUCAUCGUUUGUUUUACAAGUGAAAAUUAGAAAAGCCGUUCUCCUGUUUUACAUUUCCUACCUUUGGAACUCGCAAAAUAUUCACAUCAACGGAGUUCUUUUUGACACAGCGUUUUAAUAUUGUUUAAUUUUAAUUUAUCUGACAAACAAAAUUAAUUUUUUUUCCUAAUUGUGUGUGCAAUGACCUAUUUUUUCAUUUAAAAUCGGAUCUUGUUAAUAGAAGGCCAUUGCCAAUUUACAAGGAGUAAACAAAAAAGCGGAGAACUACUGAUAAUAAUCAGUUAAUAAUUACAAGUAAAGCCGCAAGUUUCUAAUCCCAGUAUGAAAUUAGUACAUCAUAUUCAAUGCAAAACAAUUACUCACACUAAUCAAUUUCAGUUGAACAUUACAUUGCUAUUAUUUUAAUUUGUAUCAUUUUUGUUGUUAGCUAAUAUACAACUAGAAUUUCAAAUUGAAAUUGAUAAUUUGUGCCACGUAAAGUCAUACUUCUCAUUAUAUGUAUUCCUUAAGUUGAUUGGUUAUACCAAAACUAAUUCAUGUUAAUGUAAUUUGAAACAUCUUUAACAAGUUUACAAAAUUGUUAAAGCUUUUAGAAAUAAUAUGUUAUAAUUAUAAUACAAAUUAAAGUAACAGCUAACCGCGUUUUUAAAACAAAAGUUUCAUGUGAUCACGUAGAAUAAAAAAUUACUAAGUACGAUGAACAUGCAUAGCAAUUACAACAUAGAUUGAAAGCGCAACACAAGCACCUACCGGAUAAAUUUCCUUAGAGAAAUAUCGUGUACAGAUUGGGUAUGCUAAGUAAAAAACUAGUGCUACUAAUUAUUUAGUAUUGAAAGUUGUCAAAAUUUGGGUUCAAUAAUGACACAUUGAAUUGGUAUAAAAAAAUGUAUUUGCUCUCUUAAUUAAUUUUAUGUUUUUAUUAAUAUUAACGAGAGCUAGUUCACUAGAUAAAAUAAAAAAUAAUUUCAUCAAUUAUAAUACUAUUGAAACUAAUGCAUCCGAAGAAGUCCUACAAAUUUCCUUACUAGAGUCGAUAAAUCUGACUAUAAACACAAAAUCUUUAUAAUUAUCGGGCAAGUGUAAGCGGCAAUAUGUUACAGAAGAUUCAACAUAAUAGUUAAAUAUAAAACGUGGGUUUAUCUUAAAUGUUGUUUGGCAAGAAUACAAUUAUUUUAAGAGUUUUGUGAAUAUAACAUGGAAAUAAAGUUGAAUUUUAACAAAUUAA